AGUAUAGGCAUGAGGCGCAGGUGAGCCAGUCCGCAGUCCUCACCUGUAAACAAAGGGGGGGGGGGGAAAAGAGCAAAAAUGGAAAUGACACCGUGGAUACAGUUUCACGGAAAGCCGCUUCCAGUACGACUUGAGAGCUGGCUGAAGAUCAGCGUGUGAUCCACCCAACAGCCUGAUACACGCGGUGCUGCUGCCAAACAAAGUGCAUAGAGCUUACACGUGUAAUAAGUUAACCAGUGACACCGAAAGGAACCGGUCUUCCUGUCAUCCUCAACUAUGGCAAGCCAGGCUCCUGUCAACCCUUCACAUGCUAUGUUUGACCUCUUUGUCCAAGCCCAGACCUGUAAGGAUGUAAAGCACCACUUCGCUCAGCUCUGCAGGCAGCUGGACGUCGAUCCAAAGGAUUUCAGGAACUUCUACACAAAGUUAAAAGAGAGACUGAACUACUGGAAGGCCAAAGCUUUGUGGACCAAGCUGGAUAAAAGAGCUUCUCAUGCAGAUUACCAGCAAGGAAAUGCCUGCACUAAAAACAAGUGCCUUGUGUUGGGUGCUGGUCCGUGUGGCCUGAGAAUGGCCGUUGAACUGUCCCUGCUGGGGGCUCAGGUGGUGUUGCUGGAGAAGAGAGAGACAUUCUCCAGAAACAAUGUUCUCCAUCUGUGGCCCUACACCAUCUAUGACCUCCGUGAGCUCGGAGCCAAAAAGUUCUACGGCAAAUUCUGCUCUGGUACCCUGGAUCACAUCAGCAUCCGUCAGCUACAGUUGAUUCUAUUGAAGGUGGCACUUCUCCUCGGUGUAGAGGUGCACACCGGAGUAGAGUUCCAGGGUUUGAUUGAGCCCUCAGGAGAAAAUGGUUGGAUGGCCAAACUGCAGCCUCAGUCUCACCCUGCUGCAGCCUUCCAGUUUGAUGUCUUCAUCUCUGCCGGAGGAGGCAGAUUUGUCCCUGAUGGGUUCAAGCAUAAAGAGCUGAGGGGAAAACUGGCUAUCGGCAUCACGGCCAAUUUCAUCAACAGACACACAGCUGCUGAGGCCCAAGUAGAAGAGAUCAGCGGUGUAGCCCGCAUCUAUAACCAGAAGUUUUUCCAAGAGCUACUCAAUGAGACUGGUAUUGAUUUGGAGAAUAUUGUCUACUACAAAGACGACACCCACUACUUUGUCAUGACUGCCAAAAAGAAGAGCUUGUUAAAGAAGGGGGUCAUUAAGCAGGACUAUAGUGAUGCAGAACAGCUGCUGGCACCUGCAAAUGUGGAUUAUGAGGCUUUGUGCCACUAUGCUUCUGAUGCUGCUUACUUCUCCACUGGCGGAAAGCUGCCUGACCUCCAGUUUGCUCAGAACCAUGGCGGCCAGCGAGAUGUGGCCAUGUUCGACUUCACCUGCAUGAACCGUGCUGAGAACGCCUCGCUGGUCAAGGAGAGGAGGGGCAAGAAGUUGUUAAUUGGUCUUGUUGGAGACUGCCUAGUGGAGCCUUUCUGGCCUCUGGGUACAGGCAUUGCUCGUGGGUUCCUAGCUGUUUUUGACGUAGCGUGGAUGGUUAGGAGUUGGGGUAUGGGGGUCCCACAUCUCAAAGUCCUAGCUGAGCGAGAAAGUGUUUACCAGCUCCUGUCCCAAACCACACCAGAAAACACCAGCAAAAACUAUGCUGGUUACAGCAUCGACCCCAGAACGCGGUACCAGAGCGUUAACCUCUCCGCCAUCAAGACCCAUCAGGUGCAGCACCUGUAUGAUGCUGAUAAAUCUCUUCCAUCGCUCAAGAAACAAAAGGACAAGUCAACUCACAUACAUCAAGAUUCAGCUGGUGGUUCUGAAGAGCUGUUGAAAUGGUGUCAGAAACACACUGCGGGUCAUAAAAAUGUUAAUGUAAAAGAUUUCACACAGUCCUGGAGGUCCGGCUUGGCUCUGUGUGCGCUCAUCCACCACUUCAGACCUCACCUCAUUGACGUGUCCUCCCUGGAUGAGUCUAACACUGUUCACAACAACCAACUGGCCUUCAGUAUCUUGGAGAAGGAGCUGGGCAUCUCCCCCGUCAUGUCUCCCAACAGCGAUCAAAUAGACAAGUUGUCCAUGGUCCUCUACCUCACCCAGAUCCAAAGUGCUUUCACUGUACCAACAAAAGCAGAGCCUGCAGACUUCCUGCCAUCGUCCAAGUCUCUGUCUCUCUCCCGGACACAGUCAGCUGUCUUUUUCCUGAGCAAGCUGAAGCACAAUUCUCUGCAAAGACGUAAGGAGAAGCUGGCAGCUGACAAACGAGCCACAGGAACAGAGACGAGAAUGGGAGAUGAGGACAGUACAUUGGCGUCUCCUGUCCCCCCUGAGCUCAGUCCUGUCCCCGAGCUGGCCCCCGAGCCUGAUAUUCCUUUGUUGAUGACAAACAGUGAGGAGUGUUACUUCUGUGGUGGAAGGGUUUACCUGCUGGAGCGAAUCAGCGCAGAGGGAAAGUUCUUCCAUCGCACCUGCUUCACCUGCACUCAGUGCAGCAUCACGCUUAGGCUAGGAGGAUACACCUUCGACCAGGAUACAGAUUUCUCCACAGGGAAAUUUUACUGUGAGCUGCACUCUGAAGAGCUGGCAAAUGGGGCUGCAACAUCUUGUGAGGCUAGUAAAGGAAUUCAUGGGGAGACAGAAGAAAACGGACUUUCCAGUGAUGAUUAUACACCAUCACCAUCAGAUGAGGAGUGUGAUCACACUCUGGACUGUGGUCUUCCUCCUCACACACAGUCACAUCCACCUGAAGAAAAGGAGCAUCACAUGUUUGAGUCAAAAGAAGACUCCCAAGAACCACUUGCAUCAAAAACUCCCACAGACCAUCCACCUAAAAUUGAGGUGGCAGCACCCCUUGAGGAGGAGCACACAGAAAAGAUGACUCCCUGUCCGGUUCCAAAGCCACGUCGCACUAAGCCGACUACUCCCAGCCAUCAGCCCUCUCCCCCAGUGGCAAAACCUCGCACAGUUCACCUUACCAGUCUCUCUCCCCCAGAAGAGUAUUCAUCUCCAACUCCUGCUGAGGAGGCCUCUAAAGCAAAACCAGACUCCCGUCCUAAACAGUCACUGCGAAAGCUGCAGUUAACCGAUGAGGAGAAAACCCAGCUGGUGAAUCUUCACAGCUUCAGCGCAGAUUCAGAUUCAGAGACCCAUGGCGGAUCCUCCUCCUGCUCCUCUUCCUCUGCAAAUGCAGGCCCUCCUAAAACAGAGGGCCUGGAUGGGCAAGAAGAGGAGGGCUACUGGAGCGGGAGCACUGCCGGUCACAUGCGAGAGAAGAGGAAUCGACGCUGCUUCAAGAGAAAAGAGAUGCCAAGCGGGCAGACCAGAGUGCGAUCAAAGUUUUCUCCAUGGAAUCUGUCCUCCCCACGGAUCAGCAGAGACACCCGGCUCAGUGUCCACGUUAAUCAGCCAGGGAGAGUGGGUAAGCUGAAAACUCAUCUCUUUGGUCUUGGAUUGAUCUGGGCGUAUUGCAACGCUUUUUCUUACUUUUUCCCCACAGAAACAACAUUCAGACAUGUUCACAGUGCCUCGGAAGAGGGUGUCGAAGGAGAUGAUGACGACGAUGAUGAUGAUGACGAUGAUGAUGCAAUGUUUGAACAAGACAUUGACUUGUUUGAUGAGAAAUUUCAGACUGUACCAUCGGACCCUGUGGAAGCAGAGAAGCUUGAGCUGAUGAAGAUGAGGACACUGGAGCGGCGUGCCAGGACGAGUGAAUUGCAACGAUUCCGCAAAGCUCAGUCCAUCCAGAGGAGACUGGAGGAGAUUGAAGUGACCUACAAAGACCUGGAGGACAAAGGUGUGACGCUGGAGCGGACACUGCGAGGAGAGGCUGGCAGCGGCGGGUCUCCUGAUAUGAUUGAACACUGGAUCCAGCUUGUCCAUGAGAAGAAUGCAUUGGUUUCUGAGGAGUCGGACCUCAUGGUGGCGUCUCGACAGCUGGAGCUCGAAGACAAGCAGAGCAUGUUGGAGCUGGAGCUCAGGAAAUACAUGGAGAUAAAGGAUAAGACACCAGAGCAGCAGGCGGAAGAAGAACGAAUCCUUCAGCAGAUGAUCGAGGUGGUGGACAUGAGGGACUCUCUGGUAUCAUUUCUGGAAGAGAAGAGGCAGAAAGAAAUAAGCGAGGAGCAAGAGGCUUUCUGCAUCAUGGAGGCCAAGCGGCACUCAAAGGGAGGAUCUCAGGUUCACUGGGCGUAAGGUGAACCUGUGUGUCCUGUACUAGUGAUUAUUUCACAUUUUCUGUGCGCGAGACUUGCUGCUUUCAGACUCGGAACCUGAAAUGUACAUUUGCAAAGCCAAAGAUGAUCAAGCUUCAUUACGGAAGGUAACGCAACACAAGCAGUGGCUCAGCGAAUAGGAUUAAGUUCAGGCUUUAUGAACCCGGAGGCUCAAAGAGUGUCAGUUGCAAUCCACCCCCUAGAGGGAGACAUAAACCUGGAGAUCUGAGUCUUUCAGUUGACAUGCCCAGAAACACUGCAGCUAAACUCUGCCUGCCAUAGAAAAAAAAAAAAAAAAAAAGAUCUUUUAGUGUAUACUGAACUAUUGAACAGCCAUCACACAGAAGAUGAUCAAUAACCAGCCUCAGACUUGGCCUGAUUUAGUGUCAAAAAUGUGACUUGAAUGCUAAGCCGAGAGAGAGCAGCAUGAAAUCACAGUGGCUGCAAAGCUGACUUUGGAUCCUUAGAGAUAGUUCGUGGGUUUUUUUUUUUUUUUUGAAAAUAAUUUGAUGUUCAUGUUUAUUUUACUUGUGUCAUCAUGAGUAACUGGUACUGUACACAAACACAUGAUAUCCUAAUUCUAUCUUUAGCAUUUGUAUCACAUAAAUAUGAUUAAAAAAUACUAAAUGAAAUUUAAACAUUAAAAAUAUUCAAACUUUGUUAUUCAUUUCUUUUUAUCAGUGUUGAUGUUUUGUAGCACUAACAGCUUUUCACCAUGCUUUUCCCUGCAAGCACAUUGGAUAGUUAAUCUCAGGGGUUGGUUGUUCAGUCCUUUAGGAUCAGAGUUAGUUUUUCAUUGAUGGCCUUCAACAGUCGGCUGCUCUUUAACCAGUGAUUAUAGGGGAUUUGGGGUUAAAAUGGACUGGUUCAUCUAUUUAUAAAUGCCAUUAUUUAUUAUUUGCAGGUGUUUCUGUUCAUGUGCUGGCUGAAUGGCCAAAAUCAAGACAAAGACCAUUUGUUGUAUAAGUGAAAAGGAGCCUUAUAUAGUCAUUUUGUGCUACCUGGACACCCCUUCACACCAUAUCAAAUAAAGAUCAUGCACUUUGU